AAGAUAUUAAAAUAUUGUCCCAUUUACAUUGUGUAAUUUUUUGUCCGUUUCUAACUAGCCCCAGAGACAGGCUAUCCAAAGUCAAACCAACUUUGCCAUGGUUGCACAGCGGCCGGCUGAAACGAAAAAAGUUGGCUAGCUUGCUAGCUAGUCUAGACUACUUCCAGAUACAAAACAUGGUUAGACUUGUUCAAGUUAUUUAGAAGGAUGAGUGACUAACUGCGUAGUGUAUUGGUAGAGUGAAAGUACAAGUGCUUCCCACAUCGAAGAAUGCCUCCAAGACACAAAUCUCGUUCUCAGUCGCAUUUCCUAAUGAGAAUUGAAACCAAGGAUAAAGCAAGCAAUUCAGCCCUCCUUUAACAGUUGUCUUCGUGCAAUAUUUACAUGCAUUUCCCACAGGCUGCGCAUAGGUCCACGAAGGCAGAGGCACAGAAGAAUAUCCAGGAAAGACACGAAUAAAGUAAACCAAAAUAUCCCAGACUGUGACAACCCAAAAAAAAUCGACUACAACUCAGCGGUCAUGGGAGAGAAGGGCUUCCACUCUAGACGCCGUUGGUGGGAAGUUGGAGUUUCCAAGAAGAGUUGGAGUUUCCAAGAAGAGUUGGAGUUUCCAAAAAGACUGUCAACAGGAAGAAGGCGGUCAAAAAGACUUACGCUUCGAACACACCGACUGUGUAUUGCGUUUCGAUACACCAGAAGUACAUUAAUUUCCAAUGGAACGCUGCAUAUGCCUUGCAGCGUUGCAGAAGCAGUUGCAGUGCGCUCUGUGUCAAAUUGUAUGCGUAGACUUGACAGAAAGUAGAACAAAUAUGAAUGUUGAUUUUUUUUUUUUGCACACAUAUUCAGUAAAAAUGUGUGAUUACAUAAAAACAGUUUGAUUGCAUAAUUUCUUUACAUUUUGUAUUAAUUUAUUUGCCAAGUAUAUUAUUUAUUCGAUGACAUCCACAAAUUAAAUGUGAGAGCCUAUAAUAUAAUUUCCCUCCAAAAUACAAUAAUAAAUAGUCAAGAUAGCAGAGUAGGCUCUUUCAACAAUGAGACCAACGUUGAGGAAGGUGGUCUUGGUCGCGCUGUUGGACCGGGACCAGCGCCGCCGAAAGCGCAGGUCUGUGUGGGUCCAGAGAUGGUUAAAGUCCCGAAAGCAAGCAGGGGAGUUCCACCGUCUAAUUCAAGAGCUUCGACUGUUUGGAGAGGAAUUCCGAAGUUACUUUCGUCUGGACCGAAGCCAGUUCGAUCACCUGCUCCAGAUGGUUGGAGCCAGGAUCACCCGGAUGGAUACCAACUACCGGGAGUCCAUCAGCCCAUUUGAACCCCAUGGCGAUUUGUCUCCGAUUCUUGGCGACAGGGGACUCCUACAGGACCAUAGGAUUCAGCUUCCGAGUUGGACGGUCCACGGUGGCAGGCAUUGUCCCCUCUGUGGCUCCAUUGACAGGAAACAUGUAGUAAUCCAGGCUCCACCGUGCUCAGGUUCGCAAUUCUACAACUACAAGGGUACAUAUUCAGUUGUACUCUUGGCUGUAGUAGAUGCCAUCUACUGUUUCCGUGUUGUCGAUGGUGGUGCUUACGGCAAGGGAAGUGAUGGCGGGACCCUCCGGGACUCUGCCUUCAGGAUGGCACCCUGGAGAUUCCACCACCUGCAUCACUCCCUGGGGCUGAAGACCUGGGACCUGUUCCCCACGUCUUCGUCGGCGAUGAGGCCAUCCCUUUAAGACCCAACCUCAUGAGGCCCUACGCUGGACGCCAGCUGCCAUUGCCAAAGCCUGUAAGGAUCUUUAACAAACGACUGUCCAGGGCAUGGUUAGUUGUUGAAUGCGCCUUUGGGAUUCUGGCAGCCCGAUGGAGAAUGUAUCGGAGAGUGCUUGGUCUCAGCCCCUCAAAUGUCGAUGCCUGCGUGAAGGCCACGUGUUCUCCACAAAUAACACAAAGGUUAUUUUAAGAACCAUCCACCGUUGUCCAUAAAAUUGCAUUUUUCCCCCAGAUUACUUUAUGUAUCAUUGUCUCUCUUCAUUUGGAUGCUAUAUUUAAGUGAAAUUUGGGAGUAAAAGACCACACCUUAACCCCGUCCCUCUCCCAUUAACGUCAGUAUUAUACACACCUGGCAUGGUACAUCAGGUGAGCGGGAGCACUAAUUAAGGUUAUACGACAUACAGUUAGUAUGAUAACAAAGGGAAAGAGUAACCUAGGUAACCUAGGGUCCAUACAAAUAGUACAGUUUACCACCAUGUUCACUGGCCUGACAAAAUACAGGUGGGAAAAAAACUAAUUAGGAAGAGAAUGUGCUUUUACUUUCAUCUUUUCUUAGAUCAGCAAAGGUGUUGGGAAGAAAUAAGCAGAUUAAGUCUAAAUUAGAUAUUAAUAAACAACUGACUAUGAAAACGUUAUAAUUUAAUACGUAUUCAAGUACAGGAAAGAACAUGACAAGAACAACAGUGUGUUGUAAAAAUGUUUAAACAAAUAAAACUAUUGAAAGAGG